UCCUGCUGUGGAGGGGUACUACCUCUCUUUAUUUGCCUUUUAUCCUUCAGUUUGGAGAUUGCUCCAUGAUUUGUGGAAAAUUGAUAUACUGUUUGCCUUACGGAGUUCUACAUCAUGUUUUUUGUUUUCCUGUAGAUUUGAACUUAACGUAAUUUGGAGUUUUCGUGACUCUGAUUCUUGGACUUGGAAUCGAGAAUUUUGGCUUCUUAGAUUAAGGGAGAUUCGGUGCGUUUAUUUGUUUUUGGAGGUGACAACUGAACCGUGGACGCUGUCAUUAAUUAAUUUGCAGUAGGGAGCCAUGGUUGUGAUCAACGUGCGGCAGUCGACGAUGGUGAGGCCGGCGGAAGCGACUCCGCAGCGACGGCUGUGGCUCUCCAACCUGGAUCUGCUGAUGCCGCAUUACCACACGCUGAGCGUCUACUUCUACCGGCCGGACGGGUCUGCCAACUUCUUUGACGCGGCGGUGCUGCGCGACUCGCUGGCCCGGGUGCUGGUGCCCUUCUAUCCCAUGGCAGGGCGGCUGGCGCGCGGCCAGGACGGUCGGGUCGUGAUCGACUGCAACGGCGAGGGGGCGCUGUUUGUGGAGGCGGAUGCGGAGGCGACGGUGGACGACUUCGGCGACUUCGCACCCACCGGGGAGCUGGAGCAACUCGUCCCGAAGCCAAAUGCAGAUUACACCGACGGCAUCUCCGCCUUCCCGCUCUUGCUCCUCCAGGUCACGCACUUCAAGUGCGGUGGUGCAGCCUUGGGCGUCGGCGCGCAGCAUCACUCCGUCGACGGCGUCGCAGGCCUUCACUUUAUAAACUCCUGGUCCGACGUUGCCCGUGGCCUUGGCAUCGCCCUCCAGCCAAUCAUCGAUCGGACCCUCCUCCGCGCUCGCGAUCCACCCAACCCCUCUUUUACUCACAUCGAGUACCAGCCCCCUCCUUCCAUGAACACUACCUCUGAUGCCCAAGUCCCAAGCCCUGCCGCUGCUGUCGGCAUCUUCAAGUUCACGCGGGAGCAGCUUAACCGUCUCAAAGCCAAAGCUCCCCCGGGUGGCAACUACAGCACGUACGUCCUCCUCGCGGCACACGUGUGGCGGUGCGCGUGCAUAGCACGCGACCUCCCGCCCGACCAAAUGACCAAGAUGUACAUUCCGACCGACGGUCGGCAGCGAGUGCAGCCGCCACUCCCGCAAGGCUACUUCGGGAACGUGAUCUUCUCAACCACACCCAUUGCAACAGCAGGGCAGGUGACCUCUCCGGAGGGCGGUCCUUCCCCAGCGGCCAAGAUAAUCCAGGAGGCUUUGGUGAGGAUGGAUGCCAGCUACUUGCAGUCGGCACUGGAUUACCUGGAGAUGCGGCCAAAUCAAAAGGCUCUGGUGAGGGGCCCUCACACUUUCAGAUGCCCAUCCCUCUGCUUCACCAGCUGGGCGCGUCUGCCAAUCCACGACGCAGACUUCGGGUGGGGCCGGCCAAUUUUCAUGGGUCCAGGCCGCAUCGCCUAUGAAGGUCAGUCGUAUGUCCUGCCAAGCGCCGCCGGGGAUGGUGGCCUCUCGGUGGCCAUCUCCUUGCAACCUCAUCACAUGUUGAAGUUCCCAAAGCUCAUCUAUGAUAUCUAAUAGUACUUUGAGAUUAGAUCAUCUAUGUUAUCUUAGUAGUUAUUGAUACGGUGUAUAUUUUAUGGGAUCGAUAGAAUGAUGUGGUUAUGAGUCAAGACCACAAGAGAAUUAGAAGUCAAGCUGACCUGGAGGUCAGAAUGUCAGAAGUCAAGCCUCCGUGGCCGGUCAGCAGUCAAGCUGACAUG